AUGCUCAAAUUGAAAGCAAGCCAAUGUUUCUCGUUCUGCCAAAAAUUGCAGACAUUGAAAUCGAUGCCAUCGUCCUUGUGUGUUUCUUUGCCCUCUACUGGCUCAUCCUUUUGGGUCAAGCAAGAACGAAAUUUUUCUCAUCAUGCAACACUACAUUCCUCUCAUCAGAAUGAAAAUAAUCAUCAUCGGGUUGUGUUUUCGGGAAUUCAACCGACAGGAAAUUUACAUUUAGGAAAUUAUUUGGGAGCUGUAAAAAAUUGGGUUACUCUAUGUCAUGAUGAUUUGAAUACCAAGCAACAAAUUGAAAGUCUCAUUCAUCCCAAAGACAAAGAAAAUCAAAGGCCUUCUUCAAUUCCUCUCAACCAAUCAUCUUCCAAUGAGCCAUUAUUUCAUGAAAAAUUUUUUUGCGUCGUUGAUUUACAUGCCAUUACUGUUCCACAGGAUCCAAAGGCUCUGAAAGAAUCUUCGGUAAAUUUAAUUGCCAUGUUAUUGGCAUGCGGAUUGGAUCCUAACAAGUGCUCACUGUUUUUCCAAUCUCAAAUUCCCGCUCAUUCACAAUUGUCUUGGAUUUUGGGAUGUUUUAUUACGGAAAAUAGAUUAAAAAGAAUGCAUCACUACAAGGAUAAAAAGACAGACAAUAGCUCAAUUGGACUUGUGAGUUAUCCUGUAUUAAUGAGUGCCGAUAUUUUACUGUACAGUUUGAAGGGUAAUGAAUUAUAUAUUCCAGUGGGAGAUGAUCAAAGACAACAUUUAGAGUUGGCUCAGGAAGUAGCUCAACAAAUGAAUUUCAAAUUUGAAGGACUUUUCGAUGUUCCUAGAGGAAUUUAUCCGCCACAUGCAUAUAGAGUCAUGAGUUUGAGAGAUGGAACAAAGAAGAUGAGCAAGAGUGAUGCGAGUGACAUGUCACGUAUUAACAUUGUCGACACGGAUGAUGUAAUUGUUCAAAAAAUUAAGAAAGCUAAAACAGAUACACUCACAGACCUGACGUACGAUAAGGAUAAAAGACCAGAAGUUGCCAAUCUGAUUGAUAUUUAUGCUGCUUUGCAAGGAAAAUCGGCGGAAGAGAUUGUGCAACUUUAUUCAUCAGUUUCUGAAAAUGUCAAUUCCAAAUUCAAGCAUGACUUGGCAGACAUUGUAGUGGAAACAAUCAAGCCAAUCCGAGAAAAUUACAAUAGAUAUUUAAGCGAUCCUCAAUUCGUACAACAGGUUGUAAAACAGGGUUCGGAACGAGCAAACGAGGUGACACAGAAAGCACUCCGUCAAAUAAUGGAUCGAAUUGGUUUCUAUUAA